AUGAAUAACAAAACAAUCUUCUUUCUUUUCUUAUCUCUGGUCCUCCUCCCUCUCUACGCAUUUGCUGCAACGCGUGUUGGCGGCUGGAGUCCCAUCAGAAAUAUCAGUGACCCUCAUAUCAUAGAAGUCGGUGAAUUUGCGGUCUCCGAAUACACCAGGGAGACGAAAUCAGAUCUCAACUUUGUGACAGUUGUUAGCGGUGAGUCUCAAGUAGUCGCUGGCAUGAAUUACAGGCUUGUGAUAACAGCGAAUCAUACCGGCGAGAGCAAGAACUACGAGGCGAUUGUAUGGGAAAAGCCAUGGCUGAAAUCAAUGAAUCUCACUUCGUUCAAGCCAGUUUAA